AUCUGGGCCAGGAGUGUAAUAUUGAAUCUUGAUUUGAUCUUUGAUUUUUUUUUUGUCCUUGUCCUUUUGCAUCUUGGAUCUUCAUCCAUCCUGACUUGCCUAACCCGACUUGUCCUGACCUGUCCCUGACUGCCAGCUGGAGCUUUGCGACAAAGCCAACGAUAGCAUCCAUCCACCUACCUUAGCUAGAAGCCUCGCUAGCGGCGCGCUACACCAUACCCUGACCCACCCCCAGUCCCCGCGGUUGGCUGGUUUCCUCAGAUUGGAUCCUAAACCCAAUUGAUUCUUGUUCCAAAGUCUAGACGGUCGACAAACUAUUAGGACGAAUUGAGCCGGCCGCACUCUGAUGCCUGAGCCGCCGGCUGAUUGCGAUUUGAUUUGACUUGACCUGACUUUUUCCAAAUCCCUUUUGAACCUACCAGAAUUAGACUAGAGCACCCUAAAUUCGCAGACGGAAAACCCAGGCAAGGGGAUUCUGAAAAGCGCGGACCCGAAAAAGGAAGCAAUUGAGACGCGGGGCCAGAGACGGGACAAAACAAUGAAGCAUGCCCUCGUCUGCUCCAACCAUAACAGCAGCAGCACCGCCGGGUCCAGCUCCAACGUCAGCUCCUCCGCCACUCCCGCGUGCUGUCCUUACGCCGCCGCCGAUAACUUCCAGCCCAAAGUUUAGCACAAGGGUGGGUGCAGGUUCAGGUUCAGGUUCUGGUUCUGGUUUUGAUGCAGCACAAUUUGGUACGGCGGACACAGGUGCAGACUUCAUCCCUGGGACGCAUGAGACUGCGAUUCGCACACCCGUCGCACCCAACGGAGUCAGUGCCAAAGCCAGUGCCCCUGCAAGUCAGCCCGCCACAACCACCACGCCAAACUUGAACCUUCAACAACGCCAUAUUGGUGCACCACCAACUACCCGCACUGCGCCUUAUUUCCACCCCCGAACCUCUUCCUUACUGCCCCCUCCAAACCCUAUAGUCCCGAAUCGCCAGCCAUUUCUUGCGAGCGACGUCUCGAAUGCAGCUCUGCCUUUGACCCACCAUCAGGAGCUGCAACAACAACCACAACCGAACACGACUAGGCCGCCUUACUAUCACCACCCACGCCCACGCCCACAUCCACCACCGCCACAGCAUCAACCACAACCACCAGUCCCACGACAAGGGCAGCAGCAGCAGCAGUUACAAGAACAAUACCGCCAAACCUGGAAUAACGACGAAGAGCUCUUCUUCCACGACAACUCCCGUUUAAACGACGUUGCUUUAGUCCCGACCGCCAAAGCCUACCUCAGCCCUCCGCCCGACGACGCUGACGACUUCGCGACGACCUUGCUGUCCCCGUCUCUACUGGUGUCGGACCUCCUCCACGCUCCCCAACUCCGCUCCAGUUCCGCUGCAGCCAUCGAUGACGAAACUCGCUUGAACCGCUGGUCCCUGUCGUCUUCUACAUCCACCCGCCGACAGAGUAUAGAUACUGUCGCGCUACACGCUCAAGUCAGCGCCCAGUACCAAUCUCUGGUCUCGGCCGCACGGCUGACCGGUUCACCUUCGAGAAAGCUUCAAAAGAAAACCAAACCCCCCACGUCUCCCGGGCUCAGCCGCGUUCGUCGCUCGUCGCCGACCCCGGUUUCCAUCCCGGUCCCGCCGCUCACCAGCCUUCCGCCCAUAGUCUCACUGCCGUCCCUCGAGGCAGAGGUGUCCACGCCACGAGCGUCGUCAGCUGCCGAUGCAUAUCCGCCCAGGCGUGACAGCCUGCUGAUUAAGCCUUAUGAAAAUUCCGAUCCGCGCUUUGCGUCGACCAUUGCCAAGAACAAUAACCACGCGGACGAACCCGCUUCGAAUGGGAGGAGGACCAGCGCCGUCGAGAUGAUGUAUGUUGAGAGGAAUGGGGGCGGUAUGCCACAGCAGCCGCAGCAGUCGCCGCCUCACCAAAAGGGUCACUCGAGGAGUCAUUCGCACACAAAUGGCAGCAGUGACACCUUGACAUCGCGCGGCAGCAAAGAUCGCUCGAGCAAACAGCCCUCACAAAAGGCCAUGCUCUCUCAAGCGUUGGAGAAGGCCAACGCAGCGGUGCAGCUCGAUAAUUCCAGGAACUUUGUUGCUGCGAGGUUGGCCUACUCGGAAGCCUGUGAUCUACUGCACCAGGUUCUCAUGAGGACGAACGGCGAGGACGAUAGGAAGAAACUCGAGGCCAUAAGUAAAACGUACACGACGCGUAUAGAAGAGCUGGACGAUAUCCUUCCCAAGGAAAAAGCCACGCCACCCCGACGACCAAGCCGGAGUCAGAACGAUGGUCUGUUUGGCGUCCCUAACGAUACAGAUGACGAAUCAGCCAUGAUGUCCACGGCAUCAUCGGGCUAUUCGAAAACUUCAUCCCAUCGAAGAGAGCCUAGCGGAUCUAGGCCAGCCAACAAUAUGCCUGCGAACCCCACAAAGUUCGGAUCCUUCUCUAGCAGCCAAUUCUCGCCCCAAUCGGCUUAUCAACCACCGCAAAGGCAGUUGUCAAAUGCCAGCGACGUAGGUCUCAUGCCGCCUCCAUUGUCUCCCCGUCGACCACCGUCACCCGGAAGGCAAGCAGGAAUGGCUACUCCCGACGCCCCGUUCAGAGCCGACUUUUCCAUGGCAGCCACUCGUCUUGCCCCGCCAUCGCAAUCGGAUGACAAUGGGUAUGCGAGAGGCCAUAACCGAGCGAACAGUCACGAGUCUGUAUCAUGGCUGGACCCGAUCGACGAGUCGGGAGGCUCCAACGCUCCGUCUUCAAAUCACUCCAGGUCAUCUUCGAUGGGUAUACGGAGAAGGCACCUCCGGACCCGUAGCGGGGGAACAGAGGCCGAGUUUGAUGCCGCCUUGGACGACGCUAUCGAGGCCGCAUAUGACGAUAGCUAUGAUGUUGUUGAUGAUAAGAAAUCCCGCGAUGAAGGAGAGGAUGUGGUAGCUCGUGCACUCAGGAGAGUUGAGCUAGCCAAGGAACGUGUCAGAGAAUCAGAGAGGGAAGCAUUACAACUUGCAAAUGAUAGGGAGAAGAGGCUACGAGAGCAGCUGCAGGCGGAGGACGAUGAAGAACCGAGCGAUUUUCUUGAUGCCAACGAUUCUGAUGAGGAGGAACGCAUCCUAGAGGAGAUGACGAAAGGAUAUGUCAUUGAGGACUUCUCAUUCGGUCCUGGGAGUAGAACGCGACCCAGCAUACCACGGGCGUCGGAUUCGAGCGAAGGCACGAGCCGGACAUGGCACACUUCUACGGGAUCGAAUCCCCAAACUGCAUCGACGACACUUACGACGGUGAGCGAGGGUGCUCGUCUGUCCAACGGCGACCGGCCAAAAACCUCACAAGCACCAUUGCCGCCGCCGACACAGGCGCUCCCCCAACUCCCUCUACAGAGGCCUGGUUCAUCAGGUAGCCGGCUGAGCGAGGUCAAGGCCAACGACAGCGUACGCAACCGCCGACUGUCGGGUCAGAAUCCGAAGCAACUCAAAAUAGAGACUUCAAGGAAUCCUGCUGUGACCGGGCCUAGCACCGGCGGGACAAUGUACAUUGCCGAGACGCCGCCCAUAGCACAAGCUCCGCCUCUCCCUAAGACGGCGGGUUACAUUGCGCAGCAAAGACAGGCUCUCAACGCGGGUGCUGCCAGGUAUAAGCAGACUCCCUCUCCAACGCCACCAGUGCCCCUUACUCAGGAGAACGACACGUCAAAACAGCCUGGCCUCAGGAAGAAUUAUUCAUCGAGCAGCUUGAAGAGUAUGAACCAGCGGGGCCGGAACUUGUCGGUAGCGGGAUUGGAAGAGACGGACAUGAGCCCCGGUACGCCACUCAGUAAUCAGUUUGGAUCUGCUGUACAACGACCUGCCGUGCCGAACCUACCGACGCCCAUCGCUGCUGCGUUCAAGGAUCGGAUAACUAGUGGAGGCACGGGAGGUCUGUACCUCUUCGAUGGGGCGAUCAACGACGGUCACAUCAGCCCCGCCGACUCUCCUACUUCAGCGGUGACUGCCGGAGGGAUACCAGACGCCCCAGUGCCCUUGGAGCCCUGCCCGAAAGGGACAAUGUUGCGGCCGUUCUGGCUGAUGCGUUGCCUGUUCCAGACGCUUGCACACCCGCGCGGCGGCUACUUGUCUAAUAAGCUUUUUGUGCCGCGCGAUGUGUGGAAGGUCAAGGGCGUCAAGCUAAAGAACGUCGAGGAUAAGAUCAGCAAUUGCGACCUGCUUACGGCUGCGCUUCAGAAGCUCGGGCGGGUUGAUACGUGCGAUGCGGACGCGAUGCUCGAGGAGAUGCAAAGCCUCGAGAGCAUAUUUGAGCAGGUUCAGGCCAACUUGACACGCCGCCUCGGCAACAGCGAGGUCGGUGUCCAGUCAAUGGCAGCACUAUUCCGUGACGGCGCCAAUGGCUCCGCUGCGGGUGCUGGUGGUAACCUCGACCCAGAGUCUGCAGGCUCCGUACCCCGUUCAGCCAGCGUCACGGGCAAGUCAAGUUUCUCGUGGCGUCGGUUGAGGUCCAAGAACUCGACACCAGGGCUCAACGCAGGGCCCGGUGGUUACAGGAAAGAAAGUCCGGCGACUAUGAUGAUGGAUUCAGCCUAUGGAAAUAAUGGUGGUGGCAGCGGAAUCAACGGCGUCUCCAGCCUGCCCAUGACAAGCCAACCGACCAGCCGACCCAGCAAGCGCGACCUCAGCGCCGUUCAGUUUACGGGUCCGAACGCAGGUUACAUGGCCAGCCUGGCGAAGCUCUUUGAUGCUGCGCAGGCUAUUGAUCAAAUCGCACGCCAAGUCGAAGACCCGGGCCUGAGGCAUGCGGACAAGACUCAAGUCGGGCUGGAACUUUGCACGCGUCACGCCGCCGAGUUCUUUGCUUUCUACAUCUGUCGCUUCGUUCUGACGGACCUGACCAUCCUGCUGGACAAAUUUGUCAAGCGUGGGAGCGAGUGGGUGUUGGUGUGAAGAAGUUCUGUUACUUGAAAAAAAACACCGUUUAUUCUUCAUCUCAUUCUUAUAUAUAUCUUGACUUUAUCGGUUUGGUUAUACAUGGAUAACCUGGCUUUUGCCUAGUUACCACAUUCUUCUCUAACCGACUCCCCCGUUAAUGUUCAUUGUUACUUAGUUGUCCCUUCCAUUCCUGUCCCUUGCUUUUUUUUUCUCUGGAUACUGGCGUUUGCUGGACCCAAGGUACUGACCUUUGGUAGGACUAGGUUUGGUGUUUAUGGGAUUUGUGCACCCUUCCUUUGAGAAGGGGAUGGUGGAUUUUAAAGCUUCGACCACCUCUUUAUGUGUUCAUAUAUAAAAAAGAUACCACAUUCGCUAGGCCUGGUCGGUUGCUGUUUUUUUUUCGUUGGGUGUUUUUAUGAGGGUUCUUUAUAUCUGGGCGGGUGAUGAAGACGAAACGAAAUCAGCGCGGAGCCGAGACUUUUGGAUAGUUUUCUUUUUCUUUUGUCUGGAAUAACUGACAGAUGUAUGUUUCCGAUGGGCUUGGGAUUUGACCAGUCACUCGUACACACACUGCUCUUUCGGCAUGCUCCAAAACGUCUUGAAUAGGUAUGAAAGCUAUUUGAACAA